AUGGCCGACGCUGCCAAUGCCGCCACGGCUUCGGGGCUCCCCGCGUACCACGGCCAGCCGCCUCAUCGGGCGACAGCUGCGGGGUCUGGCCCCUCAGACGCGUCAAUGCAAACCCUUGCCAACCUUGCGCUGGGUUACCUCCGUUUACUCGGAUGUUGCCCUACGUCACUUUCAUCUGUUAAACCUGUUUAA